AUGAACCCGCCAUCAUAUUUUAGGGACACAGACCCGUCCAUUUCAACUCAAAAUCGAAGUGAUGCCAUCGAUUUUGUGAUUUUGGGGUUUUCCGAUUUUCAAGGACUCCAAGCGCCACUCUUUCUGAUGUUUCUACUAAUAUAUCUUCUCACUUUAUUCGGCAACUUUGCGGUCCUAACCCUUAUCUGUCGAGACCGCCGCUUGCAAAAGCCCAUGUACUUUUUCCUCUGCAACAUGGCGUUCUUAGACAUUUCCUACAGUACCGUCACCACACCACUUCUUUUGCACAUCUUCGUAACAGGGAACAACAAAAUCACUUUUAAGAAGUGCAUGGCUCAGCUUUACUUUUUCAACUCGUUUGCCAGCGUGGAAUAUCUGCUUCUGACCACCAUGGCGUAUGACCGGUACAUGGCCAUCUGUAACCCGUUUUUGUAUCCUAAGGCAAUGAGAAGAAAGCCCUGCGUUGCUUUGGCUGUGGCGGCUUGGAAAGUUGGGUUUUUAGCAGCAGCUCCUGUGACAACAUUGUCCUCUGCCCUGACGUUUUGUGCAUCUAACCUUAUCAACCAUUUCUAUUGCGACGUGACUCCUUUAUUGAAGCUAGCGUGCGAUGACACCUCUCCCAUUGAGUUCGCCAUGUUUGCCGAAGGCGUCGUUCUUAUGUUUAGCUGCUUUCUUCUUACUGUGAUGUCCUAUGUCUACAUUAUAUCAGCCAUCAUCAAAAUCCGUUCCACUGAGGGUCGACACAAGGCCUUCUCUACGUGCGGAUCUCACCUCACUGUCGUCAUUCUUUUCUACGUGUUGGUUGUUGGCGUUUAUAUGAAGCCAACAUCUUCCUACUCAUUAGAUGAAGGAAAGAUACUUUCUGUUCUUUAUGUAAAUGUUAUUCCCAUGCUAAAUCCAAUUAUAUACAGUUUAAGGAAUAAAGAUGUCAAAGAAGCAUUCCACAAACAUAUUGGAAAGUUUACCAACUACUUUAGGAACUGA